AUGAGUGAAGAAGAGAGAUGCAACACAACACUUGGUCUUGGUCUUGGUCUUGGGAUUGGGAUUGGAGUGGGGAUCAAGAGGGAGAAGCAAUUCAAGCAAAACAAAAGGGGGUUUUGGUUGGAUCUUUCGUUGCCAAUUCGUCCCGUUAAGAUCGAACCCAGAGAUCAUCAUCAUCAGCAGCACCAACAUGAGAAAGAUGAUCAAGAUUCGUUUAGUUCUAAAACCACUGAUGAUCAAGAGGAAGACGAGACAAGGAUGAAAACAAGCGAUUGUAGUAACGUUGAUGGUUAUAUUAAUAACAACAAUGAUGGAUCAAGAAAGAAGCUAAAACUUACGACUGACCAAACUACUUUGCUUGAAGAUAGCUUCAAACUCCAUAGCACCCUCAAUACAGGCCAGAAACAAGAACUUGCGAAGAAGUUGAAUCUUCUUCCUCGACAAAUCGAAGUUUGGUUUCAGAAUAGAAGAGCAAGGACAAAGCUAAAGCAAAUCGAACAAGAAUGUGAGUUGUUAAAGAAAUGCUGUGAAACCCUAGGUGACGAAAACCGUAGACUGAAGAAAGAGCUAGAGGAGGCACGGUCAUGUUGUUCAUUAAAGUUUGAUCACCGUCAUCAACCACCGCUGCCGUUAUACAUUCAGUACCCGUCUACGGCGGCGAUGCGUCAUCCCUGUGACAAAAAAGGGAAAUCCGACGAAGACACGAAGAGGGUAGCAGUCGUGAAUGGCGGCAAGCAGGCACCAUGAUC